AGGUUGAAGAGCUCUCAGAAGGAUGUGGUGAUUAAAGUCCUGAAACCUGGAAUUGAAGAUACUUUGGUUGCCGAUCUGAAUUUUAUCUAUCUUGUUGCACGUGUUUUGGAGUUUCUAAGCCCUGAAUUAGAGAGGACAUCACUGGUAGCUAUCAUCAAGGACAUAAAGGAAUCAAUGCUUGAGGAAGUUGAUUUUAGAAAGGAGGCUGUAAAUAUGGAGGCUUUCCAGAGAUACAUCGAAGCAAUGGGAUUUGAUAGGCAGGCCAAAUCUCCAUUUGUGUAUCAGCACUGCAGCACAAAGCGUGUCUUAACUAUGGAAAGAUUGUAUGGCGUUCCACUCACCGAUCUUGAUUCUAUAAGGUCUCUUGUUCCUGAUCCUGAGUUGACUUUAGUCACUGCCCUCAAUGUCUGGUUUGGAAGCUUGAUCUCAUGUGAAUCCUUCCAUGCGGAUGUGCAUGCAGGAAACCUAUGGUUACUUCGUGAUGGGCGUGUUGGGUUUAUUGAUUUUGGAAUUGUUGGUCGAAUAUCCCCAAGGACUUGGGCUGCUAUGGAGAUUUUUUUGGCUUCUUUCGCAACUGAGGAUUACAAUGCUAUGGCAUCGGCCCUUUCCGAAAUGGGUGCUACAGGGAAUGAUAUAGAUGUUGACUCCUUUGCAAAGGACUUGCAAAAGAUAUUCUCGUCGCUACAGCAAGAGUUGGAUACUGAAAUUAUAGUGGCAGCUGCAAGAAGUUCUGAUGCUACAGCUGUAUCUGCUAAUGUUGUUGUAGACGAGAGGCAGAUGAAUGCACUGUUUCUUGAUCUGUUCAAAAUGGGUUAAGAUCCUCUGUUUCAUACUCCAAACUGCUAAGUCCAAACCACAAGCUCAACAAGAUCGGGCGCAAUUUCAACUGGCACAAUGACAUUGACAGCACGUCGGGUGGGCUGGUCAACUAGCCCACGGUCUGUCGCUCGAAAUCGCUUGGCCGCCUUGGCCUUGCUGGUCUGGAGAAAUUUGGUCAGGCGCUGAGGAUGAGAUGGCCUUGGUUCCACUGGACCAAUCCCGAGCGGCCGUGGGUGCGCUCCACCUUGCCAUGUGAUGAUUCAGGCAUGGAUAUUUAUAGGCACCGACCACUAUCACAAUUGGAAAUGGCGCAAAGACUCUGUUCUCGCAUGACAACUGGAGAGGCAAAGGUCCGCUCAAGUCUUACGCCCCUGAGCCGUACAGAAGCGCCACUAGGAGGCAAAGGUCAGUUAUGAAGGGGCUUCAGGAUGAUAACUGGAUUCGAGCCGUAGCACGCAUGCACAGCCUGUCCCAGCUAUACGAGUUUGUCAACCUUUGGACUUUGUUGGCUCACAUGAACCUUGACCCUGAUCGGUAUGACAUCAUCUCCUGGAAAUGGACUUCCAGCGGCGUCUAACUCUCCGGCCUCCGCCUAUGCUGUUCAAUUCCACGGACCUCACCCCAAGUUCCUUUCCACGAAGAUCUGGUUGGCGUGUGCUGAGCCAAUAUGCAAGUUCUUCUCCUGUCUCGUUCUUCACGGUAGAAUCUCAUUGCCAACAUGCUUGCCAUCCGUGGGUGGCUGCACAACCAGAUCUGCAAGCUAUCUCUGCGUGCCCCUGAGACUGCCGUGCAUCUCUGCAAAGACUGCUCCCUUUCCCAGGCUGUCUGAAGCAACAUUCAAGCUUGGACUGGUGAGAUCAUCCAGGCUACUACCGUGCAGGGCACAACUCAGGGGGGUCUUAGAUUGGUGGAGAUCAUGAUUGAAGCUGCACCGAAAGAGUUUAAGAGGCGCAGGAGUGGGAGACCUCUCUACACGAUUUGGAACAUCUGGAAGGAAAGAAUCGUCACACUUUUAAUAGGAUCCGCCUAACCCUCCUGGAGGUCACCACGCUGGCCUUCAAGGGCAUAAAGCAGCGUCACAUGGCAUUUGGCCACGCAAGGACAAGUGAGGGUAUCGGUUAGACUCGGGUUUUUUCCUCAUGUUUUUGGAGUUCUGAUGAGUCCCUUCACAAUCUCAUCACAUUUCUGUACAAAAAUCUUCUAUUCGUCUAAUAUGAAAAGGCAGCGCUCCUGGCGGUUUCUUGAAAAAAAACUGCGAAGGUAGGUAUGGGUUCCUUCCUUUUGGCUUUCAGAGUUACUCCCUCCGUUC